UAACAAGGUCGAGGUGUUUGGUACUGGGAUCUGGGGGCUGGCAGUGGUAUCCAGACCCAGUUCCAUGUGGGCAGGUUUCUGUCUGUCUCUCCACCCCACACAGCACUGACUGCUCCCUCACUGGCCGCCUCAGCAGAAGCAGCAAGAAUUGAUGGGCCCUGGAACGCUUGGCCCAAGAGGGGCUGGCAUGCUGCUGGUGAGGGCUGGGGGCAGGUUAGAGCCUGCCUGCCCCCACUGAACACUCUUCAGUGUUCUCAAAUGCAGCCCGAGGCGUUUGCUCUCCAGGGGUGGGUUGCAGACCGCUGGGGCUGGUGGGUUGCUGUGGGGGACCCCUCAGGUUGGGGGCCAUUCCCUCUGCUCUCAUGUGGAAUAGCUGAGCGCCGGAUGCGUUGGACUCCUCUGAUUGUUGGGGCUCCUGCAGAUGGAGGGGCUCUGGGCAGGUACAGUGAGUGGUUGUGGUUAUUGUGAUGAGCUGUUUGGAUUCGCUGGUUUGAAUCUGACCAUCCCGAGACCCUGCCCUGAGGGCACAGUCCCUGUUUCUGUGCUGCUGCUUGCUGUGAGGCGCGGUUACUGAGGCACUAACCCAGCAACUGGAGCGGGAAGAUGCUGCUGCAUCUGACAUGGCCUGGGCCACGCAUAGAGCGUCUAAACCACGGUGCCUCUCUCGUAGGGCUGGGAGUUUCUUCUGGUUUUGAGUAGCUGCUAUAACUUUUGGCGUGAGCCCGACUCUCAGCUCUCCCAACACGUCCCACAGCCCAGAGCGUGGCUGCUGCCCGGAGCCCCCCAGGCCCUUGGGAAAUGUGGCAGACACCAGUUUUAAGCUCUCCCUGCUCUCUCAUCCCUGUUGUCCCCAGCUGGUAGGUGCCAGGCCGAGGUGCUGGUAUCCCUGUUGGUGCCAGUCUCUGGAACCAGAGGGGAGCUGGGCAGAGCCUGUCCCUGUGCCGCCAGUGACUCUGGGCACAAUUGCUCACCAGGGAAUGGCGCCAGGUUUAUAAGCUCUGGACUGGGCUGUAAUUUGCCAGUUGCAGUCUGGCAGUAAUUUUCCACUGGCUCAUUUGAGCAUCAACUGCCAUCUGGAGAGAGCUGAUCACUUGUGUUUGUCACUCACUGACUUGGGCACCAGGGCUGCAGAGCUGGUUCCGUGGAAAUGGAAGGUGCAGGGAGCCUGCCGUCUAGCAGCCUGUGCUUUCCACAUAAACUCUCCUGAGCAGGUUGGGUGGGACUGGGGCUGCUGUUGAGGGCCCGGGCUGGGGCUCCAGUGGAUGGAGUGAUGGUUCUCCUAGGGCCAGAGCUGUGGGGCUGUUACUGGGGGUAGGCAGUAGGUCUGGUGAGUUUGAGAACGUCCCCAGUGGCACAUCACUCACUUGGUGCUUGCUGUGGAUCCACUAAAGCGGGGCUUUUCAACCUUUUUCUUCAUGAGGUCCACCCAAUGUGCUAUAAAUUCUCCAUGGCCCACUUGUGCCACAAUAACUGGUUUGCUGCAUAUGAAAGCCAGGGCUGGCAUUGUGAGAUAGCAAGCAGGGCAUUUGCCUGGGAACCCCCCACCACUGCGGGCCCUGCAAGGCUACAUUGCUCAGGCUUUGGCUUCAGCCCCAAUGGUGGGGCUUUGGCUUUCUGCCCUGGGCCCCAGUGAGUCUGAUGUUCGCUGUGUUUAGUGGACUCCCUGAAACCUGCUUGUGGCCCCCUAGGGGACCCCAGACCCCUGGUUGAGAACCACUGCACUAAAGAUCAGUGAGGAAGCAUUUUUGGUGAACAGAGGGGCCCAGGAGCCCUGGGUUCCACGCCUGGCAAUGUGAUCUGGCUGCAGCCCCUUCUCACAUGCCUCCUUUCUGUAUCUCCUCCAUGGGGAUAGUGAUGCUGAGUAGCCUGAUGCCGCUGGGAGGGUUAACCCUUCACUGUCUGACCUGGCUGCUCAGUCCCCUUCCUGGGAAGCUGUUUGCCCCUCGCUGAGCGGACCCGCUAUGGUACUCUGCCCUGUGUCUUGCAGGCUCCACGAUGUGGGUGGGCAGUGCACUGAGCACCAGAAGUAGCUCGGCCGCUUAGAGGACAUGCGAGCUGUGCUGUUUGUGGCAUCUCUCAGUGCAUACAAUGAGGCCCUCCCAGAGAAGCCAGCGCUGAAUCAGCUUCAGGAAAGCAUGAAGCUUUUCUCCUCUGUCUGCAACAAUGUGUUCUUCCAAAGCACUUUCCUGAUCUUGUUUCUGAAUAAAAUCGACCUUGUCCAAGAGAAGAUCCUGUCCCUGGACAGGCACCUGCGCCUCUCCUUUCCUCCGUACGCAGGUGCAGACUGUGAUGUGGGUGCUGCAGCCUGAUGUAUCACCAGCCUCUUCCGGUCGUGCAAUGAGACCCCCCAGAAACUGAUCUACCACCGACACAGACACAUGCAGUGUGCAGGGUGCAUUCCACAUGGUGACGGACCCUAUCAUCCAGGAAAACCUGGAGCCAGCAGCUCUGCUGUGAAGCACAGGCAGGGGAGCUGCAGUACCAGGGGCUGCUUUUUGCCUCUGUGAUUCUGGGGGGAGGCUUGCUGCUGGAGUUAAAGUGAGAUGUCGUAUGCUACAGAUAGGACUGCUGACUGGGCAGGAGAGGGACAUAUGAUGGCAUCAAAGGGCCUGCCUGGCUCCUGGCCCCAUCAUCUCUAAAUGUUCAGUUCUUCUGGGACUAGCUCCUUCUGCUUGGAUCCAUCUGGGAUAAGGGCCUCUUCCCCCUACAUCUUGCCCAGGUUGAGGUAGUACUACCCCCAUGCAUUGUAGCUAUAAGCCAGUGCCUCUCAAACUUUUUUACAGGUGUCCCCUUUCACAUCGCAAGCCUCUGAAUGUGACACCCCCCCCUUAUAAAUGAAAAACCUUUAAAAUA